UCCCGCGCAGGCGCGGCGGCGGCGGCGGCCAUGUCGGUGCAGGAGGACCCGGUGCAGCGGGAGAUCCACCAGGACUGGGCCAACCGCGAGUACAUCGAGGUGAUCACCAGCUCCAUCAAGAAAAUAGCGGACUUCCUCAACUCCUUCGACAUGUCGUGCCGGUCCCGGCUGGCCACCCUGAACGAGAAGCUGACGGCGCUGGAGCGGAGAAUCGAGUACAUCGAAGCCCGGGUCACCAAGGGGGAGACGCUGACAUAGGCCCGGGGCGGCCCCAGCACCGCCGCCCCUCACCCCGCUCGGGGCCCGCCGCCACCGCCGCCGCCUCUGCUCGUGUUGCCAAUAAACCGCUGUGCUCCUGCCCUGCCUGCUCUCUGCGUGCCUGCCUGGGGCCGGGCCGCGGGAUGCCCGGCUCCCUGUCACCGUCCUGGAUGUCCAGAGCCUGCCCUAACAUUCGCCUGACCCACGGGGCUUGGGCACACGUUCCUCCCCACGCGUGGGGGCUGUACCACAGGGGCUGCGGGCCAGGCUGUUGUCAGCUCCUGGAGGCACCUGACUGGCCUUUGGGGCGCUUUGUGCUCCUGCUGGGAUCAUAGAAAAUCUGGUGAUCCCUUUGGUCUGGAGGGUGUCUCAGCCUUCACAUGUGCACAUAUCAGGGCAGUGUGGGGACAGCAGGCUCACCUGGCGUGCACAUGCCACAGGAGAGGGCCCUUUGCCAGCACCCGGGAAGAGGUGUUUCUCCUCUCUGCGAGGCAAGUGGCAAGGAGAAGGAAGUCUCUUAGCCCUUCCCCACCACUCCUCUAUUUAUCUCAGUUUUUCAGUGGGCAUCUAGAUCUGCACAUUCACUGCUCAUAUUUAGUGUUUGUUGGGGAGUCCAUGGAAUUGGUGUCAGCAAAGGUUUUAUUGCUUCCCAACAGGCUUUAAAAGUCUUGGUAUAUUCUCCAACUGUAAUAUUAGCUUUUUCAUGAUGGCACUGUCAUGCCUGCAGUGUUUACUGAGCACCUGAGUUACUUAAUGUUUGUUACAUUUUUGAGGCUGUCUGACAUCAGCUAGUUCCUUGUUGGCGUAGGUUGUCCUCCAAGCUCACAGUUUUGUUCUCCAUAGGAACCUUUGUUUUCCAUUGUUUGAAUAAGUGCUCCUCCAGCUUUUUCCUCAGCUUUUGUGGUUACUGUCAGUUUGGGCUGCACAUCAGGGAGGCUUGGCUGCCUUUGGAGCACAGUACCUGUGCAAAUGAGUGCUUUGUAGCAGCCCUGCAGUGAAGUGGAGCAGCCAUAGCUCACUACCCUUAGGUUUAGGGACCAUAUAAAAUUAUACAGUUAUCAUAAGAAGAUUGAUAAAUGGAAGGAAAGCAGCUCUCCCUUGGCUCCAAAGUGGCUGCUCUGUAGCCCAAGUACAUUAGAAGUACUGCCAUGGCCCAUGCAUUGCUUACUGUGCAUGGGCUGGAGUCCUGAGAUCUCAGUCAUUGGAGACAGCUCAGUAUUUAUCUAGAGAAGGCCCUGAACUAAUUGGAUGUUGAAGUUGGCCCUGCUUUGAAUGGGAUGGGGUUGAGGCAGAGACCACCAGAGGUUCUUGCCUAAAUUAUGCUAAGGUUCUUCAAUCCAAAGACUGAAUGGGAGACAGGGUACCACAGACAAUCCCUGGCACUGUGUCUGUACUGGGCUGAGCUCUCAGCUCGAGAUCCAUUGCUUGUUUCUGUUCCCAGCUAGUAGCAUGGUGUGUGUCAAUCCCUUCCUGGUCUCCUGACUGGCUGUUGGAAUGGCUCUUUUUCCUCUCAUACCAGGAUUUCUCAAAGGAGUAGGUUUAGCCAUGCAGUUGCGUGAAUCUGCUGGAAGGUGCCACUCCCCCCAGGAUUUGUGCUCUCACAGAGCUUCAGCACUGUGGGAUCAGCCUGUGGUUCAUCUCCCAGCAGCAGGGAUGCUGGGCAGCUCACUGCACUACAGAGUUCUGCCCUUUUCCUUUCAGGGAGUCUUACUAGUUCCCUAAGGAGCCAGGUUUUCUGGUUGGCUGCUGCUUAUUCCAGGCUGUCUCUGGGAGGUGAAGCUUCCUGGUGCUCAAGCUGGUACUGCUUCCUCCAGGAGCUGCUGUGAUGUGCAGCCUUGUAAUAGAUGGAGCUUUGAUACAUUUCAUUAUUUCAAAUACUGGGGAAUUCUGUUUGCCUUUUUUCUUUGUACUGUAUUUUGGUUUUUGGUUUGUUUUUUUUUUUUUUUUUUAGAAUAUGAUGCCCCAGGAACCCACAUUAAACUUUUCUGGAGUGGA